UACGAUGAAAAGGAAAAUGAUUAAUAGUAAAGGGAAGGAAGCGCGUUAAGAAAACAAAAGAGAAGGAGGAAAGGGAACAUAUCUUUGAUUGAGGGGUCCGUCUUCCCCCUGUAAACGAGGCAUUCACCCACUGACUUUUCAUUUCAUUCCUCAAACCCCUUUCUCUCUCUCUCUCUCUCUCUCUCCGAUUCUGCACAUACCUAAUCACCACACCAUCCUCAACCAUCAUCUAUAAAUUCUCAUCAUCCUCAAUUUCGAACCCUUCGAUUUCGAUACAUACAUAGAUCAUGCUGCGUUUGUGCUUAAGCCCUCUCGAUUUCUGCUUCCGUCGCCGUGGUGCCUCUGACUUUCUCCUCUGGCACACAGACUUGAAACCUCACGCCUCCGGUGAUUUCUCAAUUGCCGUUGCUCAGGCUAAUUACUCUCUCGAAGAUCAAAGUCAAGUCUUCACCUCUCCUUCUGCCACCUAUGUCGGUGUUUAUGACGGUCAUGGUGGUCCUGAAGCUUCUAGAUUUGUCAACAACCGUCUUUUCCCCUAUUUACACAAAUUUGCCUCUGAGCAAGGGGGAUUGUCAGCAGAUGUGAUAAAAAAGGCGUUUAGUAAGACCGAGGAGGACUUUUUGCAUUUGGUUAAGUUGUCGUUGCCAAUUAGUCCUCAGAUUGCGUCUGUGGGAUCGUGUUGUCUUCUUGGUGCAAUUUCUGAUAAUGUGUUGUAUGUUGCCAACCUGGGUGACUCUAGAGUUGUUCUUGGUAGGAAGUAUCUUGAGAACAAGAAUUGUCAUGUGGAGGCUGUGCGCUUGUCAACGGAUCAUAAUGUAGCUGAUGAGGAGGUGAGGAGAGAAGUUGAAGCUCUCCACCCUGAUGAUUCACACAUUGUGGUUUAUAGCCGUGGUGUUUGGAGGAUUAAGGGCAUCAUACAGGUGUCUAGAUCUAUUGGUGAUGUGUACUUGAAGAGACCAGAUUUCUACAGAGAUCCCAUUUUUCGGCAAUUUGGAAAUCCUAUUCCUUUGAAGCGUCCAGUAAUGACAGCUGAACCAUCAAUCAUCAUUAGGGAGCUUGAGUCAGAUGAUUUAUUCUUAAUAUUUGCAUCAGAUGGCCUUUGGGAACAAUUAAGUGAUGAAGCAGCAGUUGAUAUUGUUUUCAAAUAUCCAAGAGCUGGAAUUGCCAAGAGACUAGUAAGAGCUGCUCUUCAGGAAGCUGCAAAGAAAAGAGAGAUGAGAUAUGCUGACAUAAAGAAAAUUGACAAAGGAAUUAGAAGACACUUCCAUGACGAUAUCACCGUUAUCGUGAUCUAUCUUGAUCAGCAUGGAAGUUCUUCUAGUGGUGAAUUUAAGCAAACUGCUGUUGGGUAUACAACUGCCCCUGUUGAUAUAUUUUCUCUAAAUGCUGAUGAAUCUGAGAAGAGCAUGCUUGGUUCAGUUGGCUAAAGAGUGAAAUUGCUUCAAUGAAUCAUAAGCUGACCUUAUUUUGGAUAAAAUUAUUCAUAAGUGAAAGAUGAGUAUUGUUGGUAAAUUAAGAGAAUUCUGGAGUAAAAGAUGCAAAUUUGAAAUUACUGCAUAGAUAGUGACUGCAAGUUGCUGACAUAUUUUUCUUGGUGCUGAUAUACAUAUGUAUAGUUGUGAAGUUUAUAUUUUUGGGUUUGAUGAUGGUAUCAAUUUUGUUUAUAUGAACAGAAAAUUAAAAUUUGUAUUAAUUGGUUAGUCCUUGUAUGGAUCUAUGGUAAUGUUCGUGAAUGACAGGGUACGAGGUAAGGGUUGGUGACAUUGCACCAACUAACAGAACUGCCGGGUGGGCAGGUGGAUGUUUAUGAUAAGCAGAGUUGUAUAUUGAUGGCAAUUUACAACGGGAAAUGAAGUUGCAGACAAAUUCUUAAUCGUGCCUUAUCCAUUCUUGCAUACAGAAUAUAUGAUAAAAGUGUUGGAGCAGUU